AAGGGAGCGACAGAAGCCAAUAUGGUCAUUUCCUAUUUCCGAUUUUACCCCCACUGCGCCCGUUAAAUAUACACAGUAUAAGCGUGUUGAAGAAGGAGAAGUCCAGUACACUGAGGGAGCCAAGGAGGAAAAGUCAAACUUCCCUUUCGGGUGGUUUUGGCCUUUCUCAAGUGAUUCUCGUGAACCCAAAACUCAAACAAGUGACAGCCAUUUUCAACUCAGACAGAGGGGUAGGAAGAAGAAAAGUCAUUUUCUUGAAGACGAAGAAGAAAAAGACUGAAGCUUUGGUGGGGUUAACAUAUGGGUUCUUGUUUCAGUGUAAGAGUUAAGGCAGAGAGCCCUGUUCAUGCUGGAGAAGGAGGUUUAAGUAGCAGGGUUUCAUCUGCAUCCGUGUCAUUAAUGCAUAGGGGUGAAAAUGAGAUUUUGGACUCAACUAAUCUCAAAAGUUUCAGUUUCAGUGAACUACGAAUUGCCACGCGAAACUUCCGUCCUGAUAGUGUGUUGGGUGAGGGUGGGUUUGGGUGUGUCUUCAAGGGAUGGAUUGAUGAGAACACUUUUAGGGCAACUAGGCCAGGAACAGGUUUGGUUAUUGCUGCCAAGCGACUGAAUCAAGAUGGUUUUCAAGGUCAUAAGGAGUGGUUGGCAGAAGUUACUUAUCUCGGACAGCUAUCACAUCCUAACCUCGUGAAAUUAAUCGGCUAUUGCUUGGAGGAUGAGCACAGGCUUCUGGUGUAUGAAUUUAUGCCACGUGGAAGUUUGGAAAACCAUCUAUUUAGAAGGAGCUCAUACUUUCAACCACUAUCUUGGAAUCUUCGAAUGAAGGUUGCCCUAGGUGCAGCGAAGGGACUUGCUUAUCUUCACAGCCCAGAAGCUAAAGUUAUAUACCGUGAUUUCAAAUCAUCAAACAUUUUGAUUGAUACGGAUUACAAUGCAAAGCUUUCUGAUUUUGGGUUGGCAAAGGAUGGGCCAAUUGACGGAAAGAGUCAUGUCUCCACGAGAGUGAUGGGUACAUAUGGCUAUGCAGCUCCGGAGUAUAUGGCGACAGGCCAUUUGACAACGAGGAGCGACGUGUACAGUUUCGGUGUUGUGCUUCUUGAAAUUCUGACGGGCCGCCGAGCAAUGGACAAAAACCGCCCAAAUGGGGAGCACAACCUCAUAGAAUGGGCCAAGCCUUACCUCGGAAACAAGCGUAAGAUACUACGGGUCAUGGAUCCACGCAUAGCUGGUCAGUACUCGCUGACUGCCGCACUGAGAGCCGCACUUCUCGCAGUUAAAUGCCUCUCAACUGAACCGAGAUUCAGACCGCGAAUGGUUGAAGUGGUUAAGGAACUUGAACAACUUCAAGACUCGACUGACCAGGCAAACGUAAAAAAUGAAGUAUCUAGAAAAGAAGUUGAUUUGUAUCCAAGGCCACCCGCCUCUCCCAUUAAUGCUUGAAUGAGAAUGGAUCCUUGCCCAUCGGUAGUAACUCUGUCGUGGAGUUUGCACGGACGGUCCUGGUUGAUUUGGAAGGUGUGAAACGGCAUCAUCAAUCCGAGCUAUCCUAUAAUAAUUCAACGGCAUAAGUUACACCGUUAAGCGAAAAUAAACACAAAAUGGUCUUAGUUGAGAAUUACUGUGUAAUAUCUUGUUUUUGGUUGGUGAAACUUAGUAAUAUUGACGUUUUUUGUAUGCAUAAAGCGGCUUGAUAGUAAACUAUUGCCUCUUAAGAUUGUGUUUGAAAGCAACUGUUAGCUGCUGGAAGAAUGCAGUCUUAGGAUUUUUGUCGUCCUGUGAGACUAGGAGUCGCUUUUUAAUUAUGAACAAUGUUGUCCUAGUGUACAUAUGAAUGGUAACUUUUUUAAUGAAAAUGACAGGUGGAGAGUCCCUUUUAGUGAGUUUUUUAGGGCUCAAGAAUUUGAAUUGUU